CUCUAUCAAAGUAAUCCCACAACCCCCCCAUCUCCAUCAACUCCAUUCGAUCAUGAUGUCCAUGCGACUAACCAAGGGUCUCGUGGGAGCGACCCGCCUCCGUCCAACGGCCGCACCCUUACCAAAGCUUGUACCGGCAAUCAACAUCGCUGCGACCCGCUACCAAUCAACCGGAACCCCAGCGCCGGUAGACCCCAAGGAAAAGGCCCAGUCCCUACUCGAUGCUCUCCCGGGAUCCAGCCUCAUCUCCAAAACCGCAAUUAUCUCCUCCAUUGCAGGUCUCUCGGUAGCCGCGAUCUCCAGCGAGCUCUACGUCGUGAAUGAGGAAACAUUGGUGGCCAUCAGUCUCCUCACGGUAUUCUACGGCGUCGCCCGUAUGGGCGGGCCAGCGUACACUGCUUGGGCGACCGCGCAGGUCAACAAGAUUCGCGACGUCCUCAAUAAUGCUCGGGAAGACCAUACCCGUGCCGUCCGAGACCGUAUCGAGAGCGUGCAGCAGAUGGGUAGUGUCGUGGAAGUUACGAAGGGGCUUUUUGAAGUUUCGAAGGAGACAGCGAGACUCGAAGCUACGGCUUUCGAGCUCGAGCAGAGGACUGCAUUCGCUACUGAGGCUAAGAGUGUUCUAGAUAGUUGGGUCAGGUACGAGGCGCAGGUUAAGCAGAGGCAGCAGAAGGAGUUGGCCGAAAGCAUGAUUGCAAAGGUUAAUAAGGAACUGGAGGACCCAAAGAAACUGAGCCAGAUUUUGGCCCAAAGUGUUCAGGAUGUUGAGAGAAUCUUUUCCGCUAGAAAGUAAAUAUCUCGGUUGCCCGCUUCAUUUCCUCGGACUUUUAGAUUAGGGGUAGUUUAGGUGGUGUUGCCCUGAUCACUACGGAAUACCGAGAUAUUUUUUUCUUUUACAUAAAACAAAAAAAUUA